AUGCAACAGCACCCUCAGGGAUCGUAUGCGCGAGCGCCUGCGAAAACGGUUGCACAAGCACAGGCGCAAGCUCAAUCCCAGGCGCAAGCACGAAUGCAAGCCCAACGCAUUCGCGCACGCAAUCAUUAUGAUAUUCUUGUGGGCGAAGGCUUUCGGGGCACGAAGCGCGAUCGUCCCACUGAUCGAAGCUUGCCUCCCUCUAUCAAGAAACAAGUGAAAGAGAGCGCAAUAUACAAUGAUCUACAGCGUAUGGAACGCAACUUGGACUGGACACUGGCACGAAAGCGUGCAGAGCUCAUGGACUCGAUGGGCAGGCCCCCUAAAGUAAAGCGCACGCUCCGUAUAUUUCUGAGCAACACAUGCGCAAAUCAACCGUUCCAAGUUGCUGAGAAGGAAGAAAGUAAGCAGGCUGCCGAUGCGGCUGAUGCGGCCGACGACGCUGAUGCGGGUGACGACGAUGAAGGUGCCGAUGAACCCAAGCGUAGGACAGCCGCCAAAGCUGAAUCAACGGACGUACCAUCAUGGACUAUGCGGAUCGAAGGACGCCUACUGGAUCCCAGCUUUCGUUCGCGUGCGGGUGCCGCUCUGUCUGCACAUGCCACAGCCAACCGGAUUGGUGCGCACAAAUUUAGCAAUCUGAUCAAGUCGUGUGUGGUUGAAUUCUCGCGUGAUCCUAACUUGUACCCUGACGAAUCGCUGGGCGCCAGCAAUAUCGUUGAAUGGCAUCGUCCUUCACCAAGCGUUGCACCUCAUCCGCCACAGCCAGGUGUGAGUGGCAGUACAGUGACAGAGAAUCCCUUGAUCCACAGCGCUGAGCCUGCUCUGGAUGGGUUCGAAAUUAAACGUACAGGCACCGAACCCGUGAAGGCCAAAAUUGUGCUGUAUCCAUUGUACGUUCCCGAGCGAUACUCUCUCUCCCCACCUUUGGCACAGUUGUUGGACAUUCAAGAGGAAACGCGGGCUGGCGUUUUAAGCGCCCUAUGGGCAUAUAUCAAGCAACAUAAUUUGCUGGAUGAAAGUGACCACCGCGUUGUGCAGCUGGAUGCUCCGCUGCAGGCGCUAUUCCGCACGCCUAGCAUCAAUUUUCAUCACAUACCCGAGGUGCUGCACCGCUUUUUGCAUCCACCUCAACCCAUCGUGCUCGAGUACUUUGUCAGAACAGACAAAGCUGAGCACCGUAACGCGAUGGCAUUCGAUGUUGAACUAGACAUGGAUGACUGGGCGCUGCGAACACGACAGCAUAAUGUGCUUGCGCGUUUUGAUGCAAACAGCGCGCUGAGUCAGGAGAUUGCGUCCAUUGACGACCGUAUCGCUCAAACGGCUCUUACGAUUCGUAACCGGUCAGCUGCACGCCAAUUUUUCUCUAGGUUUGCACAAGAUCCACAGGGUCACUUGAAUGCAUGGAUUGCAAGUCAGGCUCGUGACCUCGAUACAUUGCUUGGAGCUUCGCAGACGAGUCAAGGAGCUGAAGGAGGAGCUGGAUCGUCUGUCCAAUUCAGCUCAGAAGAGAUGCGCCGCGCUGAUACCUUCCAUGGCCCUUGGGUCAACGAAGCUGUGAUUGUGUCCGAGUCGCAGCGAUUGGCUGAGCGACUUCAAGAACUACAGUCCGACACGGUCAGGUCGCUCUCAUGA